AUGUGCUGCAACUACUACGGGAACUCCUACGGGGGCUGUGGCUAUGGCUGUGGCUAUGGCUCUGGCUACGGUUCUGGCUAUGGAUCCAGAUAUGGCUGUGGCUAUGGAUCCAAAUAUGGCUGUGGAUAUGGUUCUGGCUAUGGCUGUGGCUACGGCUCUGGCUACGGCUGUGGCUAUGGCUGUGGCUAUGGAUCUGACUAUGGCUCUGGAUAUGGCUGUGGCUAUGGCUCUGGCUAUGGCAGUGGCUGCUGUACCUUCCGACCAUGCUGCUACCGACGAUGCUAUUCCUCUUGCUGCUAGAACAUCACUUAGAACACUCUGCACCUCCAACAUAAUAUUGAAAAUUAACACUUUUCCUUUGAACGAUGCUCCAUUCAUUACCUCCACACUCCAGUGAGGAUUGAACACGUCGUUAUUACAUCAAAGUCUUGUUUGUUAUUGAGGAAGUAGUAAUGCCUC